CCUGUACAGAUAUUAGUAUGGUGUAAUUUUAUUUCUUAUGUGAAAAUGUUUUUAAAACAGAAGCUCCAGUAGUCUAUCAACAUCGGAAAUCAGAAUGGAUUGUAUUAGAAAUUGUUUUUGGAUUCUUUUAAGUAUGAUCACUUUAAUCGACGCAGCUCCCCCAACUUUGGAAGAACUAACAGCGCUAAAGUGUAACUCAGACAAACCAUUCAAGUGUCUGCCAUAUGGAGUCUGCUACAACGCAGACCAGUUCUGUGUUGCUGGAGAUGUCGAGUCGUGUUUCCCUAAAAACAUCACCACCGACCAGCUGGAGAACUGGUGCAAGACCACUGGUCAGUUCAGACCCGAGUUGAUGAGAGACCCCAAGCUCUGUGCUCUCGCUUGCCAGGCACGGUUCCCCUCACUCAAUCUCUCCAACGCUGUGGAUCAACUGGUCAACUUAAAAUGUCCACGUGACAGACCGUUAAAAUGUCUGCCAGACGGCAUCUGUCAUGGUUUUGACGAGUACUGUCAUGCUGGACAAAACAAAUCGUGUUUGGACGUGACGAUGUCGGUGGAUGAACUGAAGCAGUGGUGUCAAGACGAGGGACAGAGUGACGUCACAUUAAUGCCGGACCCAGCCUGCAAGUUUGCUUGUCAGGCGAAAUUUCCAUCGCUGCAUCAUGAAGCUUUGGAGAAACUAGCAAAUAAAACGUGCCCACUGGAGAGACCGUUAAAAUGUCUGCCUGACGGCAUCUGUCACGGUCUGGAUGAGUACUGCCAUCACGGUGUGGUUACGUCGUGCUUCAACGAGACAAUGAUGGAGAAAGAACAGUUGCAGUGGUGUAUCGAUAAGGUAGUGAUUAACGUCACUUCUAUGCCAGACAAAGCCUGCCAGUUCGCCUGUCCAUCUAAAUAUCCAAACUUAUUUCGUGCAGCUUUAGAUCAGUUGGCUAAUAAAAGAUGCCCACAAGAAAGACCAUGUAAAUGUCUGCUCGAUGGCGUCUGCCAUGGUUAUGACGAGUUCUGCGAUGCCGGACGAAAGAAAUCGUGUUUUGACGAGAGUAUGUCGGAGAAUGAAAUCCUGCAGUGGUGUCGAGACAUAAAACCGAAUGACGUCAGUGUGUUUCCGCAAUUGUCCUGCACACUAGCCUGUCAUGCUAGAUUCCAUUCUCUCUCUAGUAAAGGUGGUGAAAACGGAAUCUGGAGUUAUCUGUUUACUGGUUUAGCUGUUUUAGUAAUGGCAGCAGCGGGCGUUUUAGUUUGGAAAAAACGAGAUCAGAUACGUUCUAUAUGUUCUAGAUUUUGGUGUAAACAAGAAACAGAAAAUCCAACACCAGAAAGCAGAGGAGGUGGAAUAGAGGAGAAUAAUGACAACAAGCGAAAUAGCAAUGGCGAGGGGAGAAGCAGGACACCAAACACUGGAGGUGAUAUCGGGAGAGUUAAAGCACAAGCAUUGAUCACUGUCUCGAGAGAUAAUGCAAUACAGUCAGAUGAAGCUAACUCUUCCGCUAAAGAUCCAUUACUUUCAGGCGACUUGAGAGAGAGUGUUCCUAAGCGUGAAAUACAAGAAGAGGAACCAGUCGAAUUAAAAUAAUUGCAUUGAUGACAUCCAAGUAGGAAUACAA